AUGUCGGAGCAGUGCGAGGGACCGAAUUUGGGUUCGGAGUCGGAGCAGCAGUUGAGUCAUGAGGUACUGUGCGAGGAGGAGCCGGUGGAUGCGACGGUGAUGACGACGAAGAGGGGUGAAGGAUCGUGCCCGGGGGCUGUGGAGGCAACAAUUGAAGAGGGAAAUUUGUUUCAACAAUUGAACAUGCCGUGGAGUAUAUAUGCGACCAGUGGACUUGUCAAGGCAGUAAUAGGCGCUCUGGGUGAGAGAGUACCCAAGGAAGACACACUCUUUGGAGCGAUCAUGAAGUUUGUGUUUUGCAUAUGGCCUGAGCCAUGGAAAACACAAACAGCCAAAGACUUUGAGCUUGUGAUAGUUUGGAGCAACUUAGAAAAUUUUCUGAUAUGGCGAGGUGAGAGACAAGACUGGCGUAGGGAGUCUGUUGAUAAGAUAGACGGCACACGAGAAGGCAUAUGUCCAAUAUGUUUUUGGCAUUGA